CAGUCCCCACGCGAGCGACCUAGGGCGAGAUGAGUAGCCGCCGCCGCCGCCGCCACGCCGGCUCGCCGGCGUCCGCGCCGCUGGACGACGACGACCUCCUCUGCGAGAUCCUGCUCCGCCUUCCCCCGGAGCCCUCCUCCCUCCCGCGCGCAUCCCUCGUCUGCAAGCGCUGGCGCCGCCUCGUCUCCUACCCCGGCUUCUUCCGCCGCUUCCGCCUCCACCACCGCCGCAACCCUUCCCUCCUCGGCUUCUUCGACAGGUUUAAUGGCCUCUCCUUCCUACCCACUCUGGGGGCCCCCAAUCGCGUCCCCCACGGGCGCUUCUCUUUCCACUGCGAUGACUUCGACAGCUGCUCUAUGUCCCUUGGAUGUCGCCAUGGCCUCAUGCUCAUCUUCCUUCGUAAGCGUCUCCAGGUCCUGGUGUGGGACCCCGUCACCGGCGACCAGCACCGCAUUGCCAUUCCCGCAGCGUUUGAUACGGAGAAAACCCUUAUCAACGGGGCGGUUCUUCGCGCCGCCGGAGAUGUCCAACACUUCCAGGUGGUGUUGGUAGCUGCAGAUGGUGACGACGAACAACACAUACAGGCGCUCGCCUGUGUUUACUCGUCAAAGACCGGCUUAUGGGGAAAUCUUGUCUCAACACCGAUUCCAUACCAGGCUUCUGAUAGUCCAUACCGUAUCCCCACCAUGGUUAAUACAGAUGACGCUGUGCUAGCUGGAGAUUCCCUUUACUGGAAGCUUACUGGGAAUAUGGUUGGAAUUCUUGAGUUUGAUUUGGAAAAGCAGAGUCUAGCUGUGAUAAGGAUGCCACUGGAUAUGUAUGGCCAGGGCAAGUGCUUCACGGUUAUGCGGGCCGAGGGUGGUGGGCUGGGUCUCCUCGUUGUGUCGAACUCUGACUACACCGCCCAGUUAUGGAAGAGGAAGAUCGAUUGUGAUGGUGGUGCUUCAUGGGGGCUUGCACGAACUAUUGAACUGGACAAGCUACUUCCCAUAAAACCGGAGGAGAAAGGGCUUCUAGUGAUACUAGGGUUUGCUGAGCAGAAUAAUGUGGUGUUUCUGUGGACAGUUAUCGGUGUAUUGAUGAUCCAGCUUGAGUCAUUGGAGUUCAAGAAUCUUUAUAAAACCAUGAUCUUUUCUUACUACCAUCCAUUUGAAAGUGUCUACAGUGCAGGAACAUCUGUUUCUGGUGGACGCGACAGGGCUGAGCUUUUGGUCAAUAAAUAAGAUGAUUGUCCGUUGGAUAUGCUGUUUGAUCUACUAAUUGAGCAGGUAUCUAGAGCUACAUUCUGGUGACUGAGAUGAAGAAGAAAUGGGUUGUUGGCUGUAGGCAGGGAUCAGGCUCUUGUAUUUUGUAUGUUGGACCUUCAGAUUGACUCUCUAUGUAGCAUGCACCGGUCUGUACUCUGCUGUGAAGUGCACCUGUAGGAAUUAAUUGCUUAAUUUGACAACCUGCGUCGAUUAUCUAGUUUCUGUAUGCAUCAGUCAGCUGGCAUGUUGGUUGAUGGCACAUUUACUUGCUUCGGUUACCCUGCGUUUCAUUUAACCUGCUCUAUCUAUGCUUUUCAAGCAA